GUAGUUCGGAGCGGCGAGCGGCGGCCGCGCGGAGGCUGGACCCCCUGCCCCCUGGCUGUCACCCCGGGCUUCCCCACCCUCCGCUGCAGGUGUCCUCGCCCGGAAUCUGAGUUCCGACCCCGUGCGCCUGGAAAGGCGGACGCGGAGGAGCGGGCGCCCGCCAUGGCGGGUCCGCAUCUUCCCACCGAGGCCUGUAGCCCGCCGCCCCCGCGGAACGGCCCUCCACAGCCCCUGUGAGGAGGAAGAGGAGGUGGCGGCGGACGAGGCGCCGCCCCUUUGGCGAGCUUCCCGACCCGGCGGCCUCCGCAGGACCCAUGGCGGAUUCCUCGCCCGCUCCGUCCCUGCGGGCAGGCGGCCCCCGUGCGCCCCGGUCCUCGGCCCCCUCGCCGCCGCACUCGCGUUCGGGCUCCGAGGCCGAGGAGGCCGAGCUGUCGCUGAGCCUGGCACGCACCAAGACCCGCUCGUACGGUAGCACGGCCAGCGUGCGGGCGCCGCUGGGCGCCGGCGUCAUCGAGCGCCAUGUGGAGCACCGGGUCCGCGCCGGCGACACGCUGCAGGGCAUCGCGCUCAAGUACGGAGUCUCGAUGGAACAAAUUAAAAGGGCAAAUAAACUGUUUACCAAUGAUUGUAUAUUUCUGAAGAAAACUUUGAACAUCCCAGUUAUAUCAGAGAAGCCUUUGCUGUUUAAUGGACUUAACUCAGUAGAUUCUCCAGAAAAUGAAACUGUUGAUAGUUUUUCUCAUGAAGAGGAGCUGGUAGCAGCUGGGGAAGACGUCUCUCCUCCCGGCCCUCAAGAAUUGGAUGUUCAGCCCAUACAGCCUGAGGAAGUAUCAGCCAGAGAUUUCCUGCAGAGGUUGGACUUGCAGAUUAAGUUAUCAACACAGGCAGCCAAGAAACUGAAAGAAGAGAGCAGAGAUGAAGAAAGUCUCUAUACAGCUUCCCUUUAUCACAGUUAGAUGAUCAGGGGGCAUAAUCUAACCUGGUUAAGAGAUGGCUGGAUCAUAAAGAAACCAACAACAGAUGAUUCAGAAGCAUCCUUUUUGGAUUCUCAUAGCAUACAUCUUUAAAUCACAAUUAGUUAGUUCCAGCUAUGGCAGUUGCACUGAAGUCACUAGUUUCCUCAGGCUUUCUCUGAUUUUCAGUCUUUAUUAUGGCAUGAUUGCAAAACUGGGUCUUAAUGCUCAUCACUUUUGCUGGUGGUGGUAGUUUUUAGCUUUUUAGUUUCUAGCUUUUGUAAACACUAGCUGACAUAAAGCCUCAAACACUAUUUACAUAUUAAAGCUGAAAUAAUGUUUAUCUCCUGAGAAAUCCUAAUUAUGUGAAAAACAUGGUUGCUGUUUAAGUGAUGCUGAUUUUGCUAUGUGUUUAUAACUUAAGUGCUAUAUAUAUAUAUAUUUCGAUAUGUAUGACUAUAAAGCAAAUUUUGUCUGCUAUUUUGUAAAAAUAAACUACAGAAGUCUGAAUGAGAAAAUAAACUAUGUUUUCAUAA